AUGUCAGUGAAAUUGCCGGCGACAACCGUGCCUCGUUUCGCGUCGCUUUCGUCGGCGGCGGACAGAUUUCAGCCGGCUAAGUUCUAUCGCUUUCGUCUGCGAAUAUCGGAAGAUCGGAUUUAUGAUGGACUUCAGAGUCCACUACCGUCCGUCUCUGCUGAGCUGAUUGCGUUCGAUUCGUCUCAUUUCUUUGAACUUUCGUAUGCGAUAUUUCCCAGUCGCCUGUGGCCGCACAAACGAAACACCGGCUAUCUACGAAUGACGGAAUUCAAAUCACAGAUUACUCAGAGUCUUGACACAGUGUUCAUCGACACCAUCAGAGCUGCCGUAGCUUCGACUCUUCGUCGGAGUUCUCCUGAGCCUUGGCUGCUUGUCAUCUCGAUCACCAGCUUGUCUGAAUUCAUAACUCGUCAAACGUGCCUGCUGGACUGCUACACGAUCCGAUGCAAGAGGGACAUCGCGAUAUAUCAGCACGUGCGACGCCUACACCUGGGCCUUCGGAACUGUUUGAGGCAACCACUAGCUGAGGCUUCUGAGGCGAUUUAUUGGAUCACCGCAUCGAACGGCCGGCAAGAAUCCGAGCCGCUGGCUAAAACUGAAUUUCAUUGCGCGUUCGGCGGUAUUGGUGUAGCACGGUUCGAAUACCUGAUCACCGUGGUCGAUAUCCGGUUCAGUCAGCGCGACUAG